AUGGCUCUGACACAUGGUGAAGGAGUACCUCCUAGCAACUAUGGCUAUGCCAGUAGUGGGUAUAGUGCCUGUGAAGAAGAAAACGAGAGACUCACGGAAAGUCUGACACAAGUAACUGCUAUAAAGUCUGUAAGUAUUGAGAUAGGCCAUGAAGUUAACCAAAAUAAAUUAUUAGCUGAAAUGGAUUCACAGUUUGAUUCUACAACUGGAUUUCUAGGUAGAACUAUGGAAAAACUGAAGAUUUUAUCUAGAGGGAGCCAAACAAAGCUGCUGUGCUAUAUGAUGCUGUUUUCAUUGUUUGUCUUUUUUGUGAUUUAUUGGAUUAUUAAACUGAGGUAAUGCAAGUUAAGUGUGAGUUUGGAGUUUGUCCCAACUUAAAUAGCUUGGAGAACCACUUUGAUAAAAAAUUAGCAUCAAAACAUUCCUAAUUUUCAAACACUAUGGCUUUUUCCAUUGAAGAUUACUGAAUUGUACUUGUUUUAUAAAUCACAUUAGAUAAUACAGUGCUCUUUGAAUACUGUUUCUUAAUGAUUCAUUUUUGCCCCUAUUUUCAGGGGUAUUAAGGUGACCUAAAGUCUAGUCUGGCCCUAACCAUUGUUUUCUUGUUGUUUGGUGUCAGAUUAAACAGCAGUAUAUUAUGUUCCAUAUAAAUAAACUUUGUGGGAGAAUAACAGAAUGCCUGGAGAGCCUGACGCUGAGCUCCUGAGGUAGUGAACAAGUUUGUGAUGGAAUGGUAAAUGUAUUUUCUUGAGUUGCCAUCAACCCUAAUGAUGUAUUCCCCGUUCCUCUUUUAUUUGGUUAAAACUGUAGGCAGAUCUUUUUACGUACAAUUUUUCUAAUAAUUUUUGAUGAUAUGACGCCCCUAUCCCCUUUGCCCAAGGACCUCAUUCUUUACUAAAGCUUGUUGUUAUAUUUUGGCAUAUUUCUAGUAGGGUGCCAAACAAAUGUGUACCAGUCUAAUUGUUGUUUUAUAUUGAUUUUGUACAUACCAUUGACUUGGCUUAUAAUAGUUCUAUGAUUUUAGCUACUUAGAUAGACCAUUUGGCUAUCAUUUGUGACAGAAUAAUGUGAAGCUAAAGUAAUUGCUAAGCUCCAAAUGGAAAUAAAAUAUUCGAGAAAAUUAAUUGCCUCUGCUUUAUUAUAUGCUCAAAAUAGAUAAUUGAAAGUACCCAGCAUUGAACUUGGGGUUAAGAGUAUUGUUGCUUUAAUCCAUUAUAUUUGUUUGUAGAAAGCAAAACAAAGGUGGACUGUUGAGUAGAAAUAUUGAAAUUUUCUUAAAUACUCUGUUGCCACCAUUUUGGA